AGCUACUCUGUUUGGUUUGACAUCAGCAAAAUGCAUCAGAUCGAGAAGUCUGCAUUCCCUGAGUAUGCCCAAACGCCAGUUGAUGUCAGUCGCUACAUCUCUCUAAGGAACAAGAUUGUUGAGACCUAUCGGGAUUUCCCCCAAGUCCCUCUAUAUGCAACAGACUGCCUGCGGCACGUCUCAGCAGAUGCAUCCACUGUCUUCCGUGUACAUUCCUUCCUGGAUUACUGGGGAAUCAUCAACACCGAAUCUGACGCUCGA